GACCACUGUUAUUGGUCCCAGGCGGCCGGUUGAGGUGGUCCGAGGGGUCGCAGGGUGAAGAAGAAGGGUCCUGAGCUCCAACUGCUUGUGCACGAAGAGAUUGAACUUUGAAGUGAGGCCCAGAAGAGAUUUAAGCAGCUGUUAGCUUCAAGACACUUGAAGAAACCAGAUGUAUGACAACUUCAUAUCCUGAGUCUGAAACUGGAACUGCUUCAACUUCAUCUAUGGAUUCCCUAACCUUUUGGCUAUUUUUACUGCUAUCAGUGCAUGCCACAACUGUGAAGGGACAUAACAGACUGAAAACGAGAAGUAUUUUGGACCUGACCAGUAUGAUUAAGUGCAGCACAGGCCGCUCCAUAUCGUACAUCGUGUAUGGUUGUUACUGUGGACUUGGAGGGAAAGGCUGGCCACGGGAUAGUACAGACUGGUGCUGCUUUGCUCAUGACUGUUGUUAUGAGAGAGUAGAACAGGCUGGUUGUCAGCCCAAGUUUGAUCAUUAUGACUGGCAUUGCCAAAAUGGGACACCUGGAUGUGGAAGACUGUAUAACAAUUGUGAGAAGAUAACUUGUGACUGUGAUGUACGAUUGUCAAAAUGUUUGAAGAAGGCGGCAUAUCAGAACCGAUUUGCACUGUGGCCCAAUUUCUUUUGCGGGAAAAGAAGACCAAGUUGUGAGAAAUAUCGGGGCAUAUUCUGAAAUGUUAAUCUUAUAUGAGCACAAAACUAGCUUUCAUUUGGUUUUGUAUUCAAGGAAUCAGCAAUAUAAUGCUAAAAAUGAUUUAACAAGGGCUUUAAACAAGAGCAAUUCAAAAUUGUAGUCAAGCUGCCACCAACAAUCCAAAAUUUAAAUUUAAUCAAUGGCAAAUCACAAGCUGCAUUGCCAUGAUAUGCUUCUUUUAUGUAAGUUUAACAGAAGGAGUACAGGGUUGCAGAUUCUGGCCCAUCCCUGUGAAAUUGAUUAUGAAGUCAGAGUGUACUUGAACUUCUAAAUUCCAGCAUUUAACACAUCCAAAGAAAGGGAGGGCAUCUUUGCAGAAAUGAAGUAUCCUUAACAUAGCAAAAUAUCCCAAACCAUGAUUAUAAUUCUACAUUUCAAGAUAUUGAAACUGACAAUGAAAAUCUUGGGUUUAAAAGGGAAAAGAGAGAGAUGGAUUUAGGAAGAGCAUUGGCCCAGGCAGCUGAAGCUGGGAUCACUGGAUGAGCAAUGAUUAUCAUCAGGGAUUGAAGCAUCAUGAAGAUCUCAGAGGGUUAAGAACUGUAGAUCAUCAGAAAUGGUCAGCAUCUCUUCUGGGUUUAAUGAUAGUUAGACAGGUUACCUGGGCUUUGGGAAACAUAACAGCAGAAGGGAGAUAAGGUCUUUGGGUAAAGGAAAUGAACUUUGUUUUCAAGCAUUGCUUGUUGCUUGUGGCAAAAAACAAGCAGCAGUGUUUCCUCCUAGCAUUUCCAAGAUAGCUAGUUUUCCAUCCUGGGAUCAGACUCGAACUAUUGGCAACCUAUCUCUCCUUCUGGAUUUGAAUCUCCCCUAAGAUAUACUCCCUCAUCAUGUGAUCAGUCCCACUGCCCAGUGAUCAGGCCUUCCUCUAUGCAGAGUGUCUCCUGCAGUUAGAACAUAUCCUGUUGAUUACUCGACACUAUCCAAUCCCCCGCAUCAUUAGAAAAACUCCAGGAGACCUUGAUCCCUUGUCGUAUAGCUCAACAACACCCUAAUAAUCUGCCCACCAUUUUUCUCAACCACAUGGCAUUCAUCCAUCCUCUCAUUUCUCUACUCCAGCAGCAGGCCAUCUGCAUCCUACUAGCAUGUGACCAUUACUGCAAUGUUCCCCAUUUAUACCACAGAGACUGAUCUAUCUACCUCCAAGUGAGAAAUCAAUUUGAAAAAAAAAAUACAAGCCCUAUGAGUUUAUUAGCAGAUUCCAGCUUAGCCCAUUGUCCACACCCUCUCUGCUUGUUUGGAAACUCAAAAAUCAUGCUCCUGGAAGGAUUGGGAUCUAUAGAUUCUGCCAGCACAUCAUAAAUAAAUGUGUUUUAAUAUUUCUUGAUGCUAAAUAGUUCAAGUCAGUAGCCUGAAGGAGUAAUGCAGGAACAAUAGAAAAAAAAACAAGAGCUGAAGAUUAAGUUAAUAAAUGGUAUGAACCAUAGAAGGCAACUAAUGCCUGGACUCGAAAUAUGGGAGAAACAAGAGUGAUUGAUGACUUGAGUGUGAUGGUGGGAACGGCCUGCCAGGUAAUGUAAGCUGGAGUAAUGGGCUAUGUGAUUUGCACAAGACCAUUAUGCCCUUUUAUGCUGAAUGACUUGUAUAUCAUAAUCAAAGAUACAAUUAGAACAAAAACUUAUUAGGAAAACAAAUCUUAAAUGUCAAUCUAUUUUGUUCAGAUUGUAAAAGGAUCACAGAACUGGAAUGCUGCCUGUCUGUUCUUUCUCUUAAAUACUACUUAGUUGUGAUUAUUUUCUCUGUUCCAAUGCACUUUCAGAUGUCAACCUAUAAUGUGACUCAACAGCCAUAUUUUGUUCUGCAAAAUAAAUUUACCCAUGAUUUACUAUUGAACAUGUA